AUGGGAACACCGUUUCAGAAAGCAAGGCCAUGUGAAAUUGAAUGGAAACGUCAGCUCUACUCAUGUCAUUGUGGGAAAAUUCUACUACCGGUCCUUCAUCACCUUAAACGAAAUAGGGAGAAUACAUUUCCCCAAUACUUGUUGCGAGUAGAUGGUGCCAUAGAGCCAAAGUCAGGCGUCAGAACUAAAGGCCAAUGGGAGAUUAAGGGCCUGACAACGGGGCAGAAACCGUAUCGUUCGGAUGGCGAGGCCUGUCCAUUCUCAGAAAGAGUCAAGUCCCUUUUCACCUUCAGAAAGCGACAUCCAAAAUGCCAGUACUCCACCGACACAAAAGUAGAGAGCGAGCUUUUGGGAUUUGAAACAGUUGUUUGUAGCGCACAGGCUUGCAAGCCGGAUCCUAUAUUUUCUGACUCUAUUCACAUCAGAUUUCCAGAUGCUCAGAUCAUGAGAUUAUGA